GCUGCCCGUCCCGGAAAUGGGCGAGUCCAUCCGCGAGGGCACCGUCGCUGAGUGGCUCGUCGACGCGGGCCAGGGCGUCUCCGAAGAUCAGAUCCUCGUCCAGUUAGAGACCGACAAGAUCGUCGUCGACGUCCGCGCGGAAAGCUCCGGCGUCCUCGUCGAGCGCACCGCCUCCGAGGGCGAUGUCGUUGAGGUCGGCGCCCAAUUGGGGCUCAUCGACUACGAGGCUGAGAGUGCGGCUCCCGCCGCCCAGGAAGCCGCCGAUCCAGUGUCGGAGCCCACCCCUGAGCAUAUCCCCGUGCCUGGGGAGAGACCGAAAGAGGAGAAGCCCGCCCCCGCGCGGAGGGAACCGGUCAAGGUCGACCCGCCGAGGAGUAUGGUGGAUAGUGGCGAGAGGAGAGUGGCUAUGACUAGGAUGCGUAAGAGGAUUGCGGAAAGGCUCAAGGAAGCCCAGAACACGGCUGCUAUGCUCACGACUUUCAAUGAGAUGGAUAUGUCCGCUCUCAUUGAUUUGCGCAGGGAGUACAAGGACGCGUUUGAAAAACGUCACGGAGCGAAGCUCGGCUUCAUGUCUGCUUUCGUCAAGGCCUGUACCGUCGCUCUUGAGGAACAACCGGAGGUCAACGGUUUCAUUGAUGGUGACGAUAUCGUCUAUCGUGACUAUGUUGACAUUUCCGUCGCUGUGUCUACUCCUAAGGGUCUUGUCGUUCCGGCCAUCCGUGGAUGUGAAAACAUGAACUUUGCCACAAUUGAAAAGACAAUCGUCUCCCUUGGGGAACGCGCAAGGAGCGGCGAACUCACUCUCGAGGAGAUGCAAGGGGGUACUUUUACUAUCAGUAAUGGUGGCGUCUUUGGCAGUUUGCUCAGUACUCCCAUUUUGAACAUGCCCCAGAGCGCUAUUCUUGGAAUGCACAUAAUUCAGAAGCGCCCCGUCGUUGUCAAGGAUGAGAUAGUCAUCAGACCUAUGAUGUACGUGGCACUCAGCUAUGACCAUCGCCUCAUUGAUGGAAGGGAGGCUGUCACCUUCCUCAGAAGAAUUAAGACCCUUAUUGAAGACCCUCGUCGUCUUCUAUUGGAGAUUGAUAUUUGA